CACUUAAAUCUUACAAGUUAAUAUAAAAUAUUGCUGCAUCAAUAAACUGUCAACUUUCUAACAGCUAUAAUAUCCUGGACUUAUCUUAGAUGGAUUGUGCAAAAAUGACUAAUGUUUUGAAAAAUUUACUUGUUCUAUUUUUAAGCUGAUUUUGGCUGAUAAAGUGUCUCCUUUUGAUACAGGCCUUGUACACCAACACCGAAACAAUGGAGGACCUUCCUGACUACAGCCAAAUAGAAGAUGAGAGUUUUCCUCCUCUCCCACCCCCCGACUCCCCAGGCCAAGGAGGACAAGACAACGGAGAUCCAUUUGCAAAUGGAGAUGAAGAUGGUGAGGUGUCCAAACUGGCUGAUGUUCCUGUUGCUAAAAAGAAAGGUGUGAAGAGGCCACAACCCAAACUAGACUCUCAAAGGCUGACCUCAGACAGAGGACUACCAGCUCUACGCACACUGUUUGAGGAUGUUCGUUUUAAAGGCAAAGGGCACGAGGCUGAGGACCUGCACCUGCUGAUGCAGAAGAUGGAGAACUGGGCUCACAGGCUUUACCCCAAACUACAGUUUGAAGAUUUCAUCGACAAAGUGGAGAAACUGGGCAGCAAGAAAGAAGUCCAGACUUGUCUGAAGCGGAUCCGACUGGACAUGCCGCUGACACACGACGAUUUCAUUGGGAAAGAUGGUGAAGAAGAGGUGGCUCCUGAACCACACAUCUUUGGAGAUCCCGAUCCAUUCGGUAAUGACCUGCCACGAUUGGUGCACUCCACCCCGGCCCCAACGGCUCCAACCACGCCAGCGACCCCCUCCCUGACAGAAGAGCAGCGCAGGCGGAUGGAGCUGAACAGACAGAAGGCUUUGGAGAGGAGGCUGGCACGUCAACAACAGGAACAACAACAGCAGCAGCAGAUGACAGAUUCUUCAGACAACAAAAUACUAGACUCAUCCCUCUCGGUGGAUGAAUCUGUAGCUGUUUCCUCUGAAAACGCCCUCAACAACCUAGAAACCCAGGAUGAUAUAGAGGACUUAAACCUGGAUCUGGUCAGCAGCAGUACCCAGCAGCCCAGCCAGACUCCAGCUACUGACUCUGAGACACCUGAGGAGACCAGUCAGACCAGCAAGAAGGAGACCGGCAAACUGGAGACCAGCAAGGAGGAGGCUGGCAAAGUAGAGACCAGCCAGGAGGAGGCUGGCAAAGUAGAGACCAGCCAGGAGGAGGCUGGCAAAGUAGAGACCAGCCAGGAGGAGAUUAGCAAACUGGAGGAGACCAGCAAGGACAAGGAGCCCGUCGAAGUGGAGGCCGGCAAACUGGAGAGCAGCUACAGCCCAGUCCAUCACAUCAGCAACGACUGUGAGGACGAAGAAUAGACACAAGGGCAGAACUACUGUAUGUACUGUGAGUGUAACCAGUUCAAGGAAAGGCCUUUGUCUGUUCAUGUGACAAAACCUCUGUUCCCCCUGUCCAGUAAUCCAUACAUUGUGGAUAAAUAAUUAUAGCUCAGUUUGGCUUUGAGAAGUGCUUGAGUGACCUUUUCUGUGUGGAAGUUUGUCAUUGGUGUGAAUACUUUAAUGUAAUGUCUUUUUUUUUUUUUUUUACAAAUGAUCAACAAUAAACUCUGAAUUCACUGAAAGUGUCUACAGAUUGCAUGUCAUUCACCCACAUAUUUCCUUUACAAUGUGUAUAGAUAUGUUAUUGUGAUACAUGUGUUACUAAGAUGUAAGA